GUGUUUAGCUGGGCCAGUCGACAGCCAUGCCGCGAUCAAAUGGCUUCUCCAUCAACGCAGCGUCUUCGGACGAGAGCGAGGACGUGGAGGACGUGGAGCCGCUCAUCGAGACAGACGCAGUUCCUCCUCAGUGCUGCUCCGCUCGCCUCAACCUCGCCGUGCUCAUGUUCUUCGGGUUCUCCGUGGUCUACGGCCUCCGCGUCAACCUCAGUGUGGCCAUGGUGGUGAUGGUGAACACCACCGAGCCCACGCCGGCCCCGAACACCUCCAUCGUGCACGCGUGUCCGAUGCCGGCUGGGAUGGAAAACGCCAGCGACACGUUCCCACAACCAGAGGGGGUCCCUCAGUAUCCCUGGGACUCAGAGACUCAGGGCUGGCUCCUGGGGGCCUUCUUCUUCGGCUACCUGUGCACGCAGAUCCCGGGGGGUUACCUGGCCGGUCUCUACGGGGGGAAGGUCUUCCUGGGUUUGGGUGUGCUGGGCACGGCUGCCCUCACCCUCCUCACCCCCAUGGCCGCUCAGCUGGGUGUGACCUGGAUGUUUGCACUGCGAGCGCUGGAGGGCUUUGGAGAGGGUGUCACGUUCCCGGCCAUGAUGGCGAUGUGGGCUCGCUGGGCCCCCCCACUGGAGCGCUCCCGCCUGAUGACCAUGUCGGGAUCCGGAGCAAGCUUCGGCGCCUUUGUGGCUCUGCCGCUCACGGGCUUGAUCUGCCAAACGCUGGGCUGGCCCUCUGUGUUCUACCUCUGUGGAGGAGCCGGCUGCCUCUGGGCCGUCUUCUGGUUUCUUCUGGUGUCAGACGAGCCUCACACACAUCCUCGAAUCAGCGAAGAGGAGAGAGAUUACAUCAUAAAGUCUAUUGGGCCUCAGGGCACAGGUCACGGCUGGUCCGUCCCCGUGCUGCCCAUGCUGCUGUCCGUCCCCCUGUGGGCCAUCAUCGUCACCCAGAUGUGUGCCAACUGGUCCUACUACACCCUGCUCACCUCCCUGCCCACGUACAUGAACAACAUCCUGCACUUUGACCUCAAAUCGAAUGCCCUCCUGUCCGCUCUGCCGUUCCUCGGGGGCUGGUUGCUCUCCACGCUGUCGGGCUUCAUGGCUGACGGCCUCAUCGAGAGGCGGCUGCUCAGCGUCACCGCCGUGCGCAAGCUCUUCACCGUCGCAGGUAUGUUGUUUCCCGCAGCUUUCCUCGUGGCUGUGGCGUACGCCGGCUGCAGCCACGUCCUCACCGUCACCUUCCUCACCCUCUCCAUCACCACCGGUGGGGUCAGCGCCGCCGGAGUCUUCAUCAAUCAGAUCGACAUCGCCCCUCGAUACGCAGGGUUUCUUCUGGGAAUCACCAACACGUUCGGGACCAUCCCCGGGGUCGUGGCACCGAUAGCGACCGGAUACUUCACCAAACAUCACACGCUGGCCGGCUGGCAGACGGUGUUCUGGGUCGCGGCCGGGAUCAACGCCGGCGGCGCCAUCGUCUACGCGAUAUUCGGCAGCGGGAAGCUUCAGCAGUGGGCCGUCACGGAGGAGGAGAGGGCGGAGGAGGAGGGGAAGAGGAGCAGGUCCAUCUCAGCAUAGAAAAAACACAAGCACAAAUAAUCCAGCUCACGUUUUUAUAUAGAGAACAAAAUACAAUCAACAGGAUGUAUUGAACCCAGUUUUACUACAAACAGAGACGAUUCUACCUCUGAAAACUCAAUCACAGGAAUAUGAUGCAGCAUCGACUCUCAGAAUGAAGACAGAUGUUAAAAAGAGUCGGCUGCAGAACAACUUUAAUAUUUGAACACGUCAUAGAAGCGGGACGUCCCGAUGGACUCGUGUUUUACUACAGUGUCAGUGCAGCAUUUUUAUCUUUAACAUGUGUCUCUGGUUUUUAAAAGUUAAAAGAAAAAGACUUUUAGUUAAUUAGCGCAAAGACUUUGCAGCGAUGGAGCAGUUUUAUCACAAAUCAGGUUGGUAAGAGAAAAGCAGAUUCUCUAAGUGUUGAAGUCAAAUGGACAGAUUUACUAUUUUGAUUGACACGAUUCAACAGCUGCUGACACAUAGUUUUUUAAUGGUACGGCUCUUAAAAUAUGACCGAUAUGAUAUUAACAUGACCACUUUAUGCCUAGUUUUCCUUGGACAGUGAAGAAAACGGGACCAAGUGUUUUGUGAUGAGAUCACAUUUUUCAAGCUGCUUUGUUUCCCAAGCCUUUUCCAGUAAGACACCAAAAAGCCUUUUGUUCUAUGAGACUGCCAAUGUUUUCCAAAUCAAACUUUCCAGGAGACUUUUCUUUUUAUUUAUUAUUUAGAGAAUCACUUUAGUUUUUAUGCUCAACUUCCAAAGCAGUGACUUGAUCCGUUCAGGUCACCUUUCCAUCAAGAUGCUGCCGGGAUUUGUUUUAUUUCUUUAAAUGCAGUUUUUAUUGUUUUUAUGCAAUACAAAUGGGACUUUGAAACAUAAAUAUAUAUACAUGAGCAGUUUUGUAAACUUAUAAAAGAGAUGUUCCGAUACCUGCACCUGAAACGCUGAGUCGGUCAUCUGCGAGGACACAAGUCUUUGAUCCGAUCAUUUCUCUAAAGCUGCGGUUCAGCUUCACGGCCUCUGGUGAGUCCUGUGUGUCACACUGGGAAAUCCCAAAGGUCAAAUGUGAUGUGUACAGGUAAAUAACAACACUAGUGAUCUCAUAAAGAAUCUGAAGAUCCACUUCCAUGUUCAAAUACAUUGUCUUGUUAUUUUAUUGUUAGUUAUUAAAUGAACUGGUAUCAGAAUCAGCGUCAGGAGGAGCUACUGGUGUUGGAUCAUCUGUCGCUCAUACACUCUUAAUCAAAGUGCACUGUGACUGUAAAGAUAUGAUGUUCCUGAGCAGAUGUAAAAAUGAAUGUCUUGUUACAUGUGCAAUGUUUCACAGACACAGAGUUUUCAUGUUUUAGUUUCAUUCAUUGUGGAAAAAGUCUGUGGAGCCAUAGAUCGUUGUAAUGUUCCAGUCGCUCAGCAGCAGCAGGAGGAGGAGACCCAUGUGUACAUGAUGAUGAUCUGACCCUGAACCACUGGGGGUGACAUCACAUCUCUUCUUCUUCUUCUUCUUCUUCUUCUUCUUCUUCUUCUUCUUCUUCUUCUUCUUCUUCUUCUUCUUCUUCUUCUUCUUCUUCUUCUUCUUCUUCUUCUUCUUCUUCUUCUUCUUCUUCUUCUUCUUCUUCUUCUUCUUCUUCUUCUUCUUCUUCUUCUUCUGCUGCUGUCAGGCUCACGUCAGCUGCUUCUGUUUCAUUCAUGUGUCUCAUCAGGGCGAUGAAUUAAAUCAAAGUGAUCAGGACUCCUCUGUAAAACAUUCACAACCAGCCACCCUGUGUUUAUAAGUUUUAUAUCUUCAUUUAACUCCGACAUCUGGUUCUUCUGUUAAUCUCAUAUCACGACAAAGUUAAUCUACAUUACGUGUACAUUCCCUUUUAAAAGGAAAUCUUUCUGUCUGAGAUCCUGACACAUGUGCUUGUCUUUCAUUCACAUCUUCACUGACACAGAUUGUUCUCUGUCUUCAUCUGGUUCUCUGUUUACCUGCUGUUUGGGUUUAUUCAUGAGCCUGUUGUGGAUUUUGAUACAUAUCAAAUGGGAACAGUAGAAAAUAUGAAAGGAUGAAAUUAAAAAAAUAGAUUUAAGACAUUUUAAAAAGUGAAGAAAUAUGCAAUAAGGAAGCGGAUUUCUUAUAUUUAAAUACAAUUGUUUUUGUGAGGUUACAUCUAUGGACGUUGCUAUUAUUUGGCAAGAAUGAAAACUACACAAAAUAAACGUUUUCAUAUCAGA